AUCCACCAAGUUCUCCUGUAUCCUGCAGCCCAUCUCCAGCACAGUGCAUCGGCCAUCUGCCACAGUGCUUACGAAGGUGGAGGGCUGGAAGAUUGCUGAAGAGGGGCGUGCGGGCGACUGGAAAAUUCAGCCUUGUUAAAUAUGAGACAGGCAGAAUGCUGUCUUCCGCCCUCUGCUUGGCCAGGGGAAGGCAUGUCCUUUACAGUCUGUGAGGCCUGCUGAGCGAGUGCUUGUUGGGGGAGGAAGGGGCUUACUUUAUAAGAGGCUUCCCUGGGACUGUGCUGCUGUUCCGGGAGUCGGUGCUGAAUUUUGUACCGUAGAAAACACCACGACCAGAAGCCCUCACUCAUUGUUUGCUUCAUGUAAUCGACAGCGGUCAAACCCACCUGCAUUUCCACUGUUCUGUAUGGAAAUGUGUGCACUGAGCUGGUUGCCUCAUUAUGUACGAGUAACUCAGAGUAAGCCACUUUGUUUGAUUGGCCAGCUACCCAAAGAAUGAGUAGAGAGAUACAGUAGUGACUUUGUCCCUCUCCCUGGCCCCUUGGGUGUCUGAAAUCCAUGACUGUCACUAGGCAUCCGGUCUGUCUCCCAUGCAGCCUGCUGUGGGCACCCUGCUCUGGAGAUCUCAGCGUCCAGUCAGAAAGCUCAGUGGCCAUCUCUUCAUUCUUACAGACAGCAGCAGCGGCAGAUUGAAGCAGCUGCCGCCAUCUCAUGUUUAAAGAGCUCAGGUUUUCCCUGCUGCUUCUUUGUUAGGGGACGGUUUUAAAGGAAACUGGAUGAGAUUCUAUUAUAAAUUGUUAAGUUUUAAGACACAGCUCGAAGCCACCUGUAACUCAUUUUCAGGGAAUACAGUCGCCUCUUUUCUUUUGAGACAGGUUGUCUGUAUGUAGCUAUCUGUGUCCUGGAAGUUCCUAGGUAGACCAGGCUGGCCUUGAGCCUGCAGAGAUUUGCCUGCCUCUCAAGUGCUGGGUAUAACGGCCUGUGCUCCUUUGCCCAGCCUGAUCCAAUGCCCUCUUUGGUCCUUUUUGGAUGCUGCAUGCACAUGUGACACAGACAUCCAUACAGGGCUGCUGGAGUGAUGUGGUUGGAAGGCGGCCCUCCUUGCUGGUGUGUGUUCUGCUCAGCGCCCUGGGUUACCUGCUCCUUGGAAUGUCCACCAACGUGUUCCUGUUCACACUGGCUAGAGUCCCUGUGGGUGUUUUUAAGCACACCCUCUCCAUCUCCAGGGCUCUGCUCUCCGACCUGGUCACAGAGAAGGCGCGGCCACGCGUGCUGGGACACUUCAACACGGCCUCGGGCGUCGGCUUCAUCCUGGGGCCUGUGGUUGGUGGGUACCUGACAGAAUCAGAUGGCGGGUUCUACGUGGCAGCCCUCAUCUGCUGCUCCGUCUUCCUCCUCAACGCUGGUCUCGUUUGGCUGUUACCUUGGAAAGAAGCAAACCUCGGCAGCCCAGGGAACGGCCGGAGCCUGGAGGAGGAGCACGCUAUUGUACCCAUAAAGUCAGAAGGUACGCUUCAGGGAGCGGACCACUCCCCUGAGGCCGGGAGGAAAAGGGAGCGGAGGCCCUGGGCUGACGUCACGUCGGCCCUGAAGGACAUGAAGAACCUGAUGGUUUCUGCCCUGAGGGACGUGUUUCUCGUGCGCCUGCUCAUGGGGGUGGCCGUCAUGCUGUACUACAGUAACUUCGUCUUGGCCCUGGAGGAGCGUUUUGGGGUGCGGCCCAAGACCACAGGGUACCUCAUCAGCUACACCAGCGCCCUGGGUGCCCUGGCCGGCUUCGCCGUGGGCCCUGUGCUGCGGCUGUACGGGCACGACUCGCACAGGGUCCUGCUGCACUCCAGCGCGCUCACCUGCCUGCUGCUGCUGCUCUACUCUGCGGCCAGCACGGUGGCCGUGGUGGUCCUCUCCGCCACGCUCCUGUCCUUCUCCACCACGCUCGGGAGAACCUGCGUCACCGACCUGCAGCUGAGCGUGGGCGGGGCGCAGGCCAGCGGCUCCGUCAUCGGCGUGGGCCAGUCCGUGACGGCAGUGGGCCGCAUCCUCGCCCCGCUCCUCUCCGGCGUGGCCCAGGAGAUCAGCCCCUGCGGGCCCCCGAGCCUGGGCGCCGCUCUGGCCCUGGUGGCUAUAUUAAUCAUGUCUCUGAACAGACCUCCCUUCACUGGGCACGGGGUUGAGAGACUAAAGAGCGAGUAGGAUGGACCGGGCCCCCUUGGAGAAGCAGAAUUAGAACCGCGGCAAUCAGCGGGAGGUCUAAGAGCUGCGGCCUGUGGGUGUGCCCAGGCCCCACCUGCGCGUGCGCGCCUGCAGCGGCACCCUAGAAAGUCACCCUAGACAGCUCUGCCGGGGCCCGGGUCGGGAGCUUCUCCGAGGGGCUUCUCGCCCCAGCUGGCUUCAGGGAAAGCCACCGUGCUGCCGGAGGUGAAGGUGGUGGAGAGCGGCUGGUGUGUGGACAGAGGGAAGACCCCGGCUGCGCCCGCUGAGGAGGCCGCUGUGUUAAUCACCGCUGACCAUAGAGGAAGGCAGGUCCCUCCCACCCCCAGAAGCUCAGAAGCCAAAAGUAGUUCUCUGCCUGCCGGAAUCCCAGCUGCUUCUCUUAAACCAGCCUGUUGCCUUCUCAGCCGCCGAGACAUCGGGUGCUGACCCCAGCCCCAGACAAAUCUGUGGGCUUUUACGCCCGGGUGGCCAUUUCUCACGGAGGAGGAGGAACGCGCUGGGACACUGGUUUUGAUUAAGUAAAAUGUAGAGACCUCACUAUUUCUGACUGAGUGUGCCCUAAACUUCCUGCUUGCCCCGGUGGGGGCGCACGCACCACCCUUCCACCGCCCAGGAACCAGAAUGCACUAGCAACAGGCAGCUCCCGGCUGCCUUCUCUUCUCCCUGGGACUAAAUCACUUAGGUUUUGGGAAGAUCCCUGGUCCCGGAAGCCCUGAGACCCGGAGGAAUUGCUAAUAACAUGCUGGCAGCGGAGGAAGGACACCGAGGGCUGUUGAAAUAAACUUCUCUACAGAGAGAGGACCAGGGCGUCCAGGCCAGGGAGGGAGGGGUGGGCGCUACGAGCUUGCUGACAGCCGGGGUGACACUGAUGGUUUGUGGGCACUGCCUAGGGGUCCACCUCCCACAGCCAGCACUCACAUCCUUUGAAUCCUCUUGAUCAUUCCUCCGGGAUGUUAUGCCUGGUCUCAACCUAACCUAACGUGAUUGUGAGUGGUAUUUCAACAACUAACUUUUCAUAACUCCAAUGUUUACUACUUAUAAAUCAGAAAGUAUCUUAAUAGGUUUGGAUAUGUGUGGGGGAUAAAUUCAUAUAUUUAUGACAGAGGCACCUUUUAGCUUUAAUAUCAUCCCUUUCCCUCUCUGGCUGCAAGAAAAUUCACUUUUAAGCUAUGAAUUUGACAUGGGAGCUAAGAGCCCUUAAGGGACCAAAGCAUGGCAUGAAUGGCCAUGGUUCCUCACAGCAUCACAGUGUUGUGGGGACUGGGUUCAAGACACUAAAUGGACCGAUUGUCAUGACGUAAUGUUGCAGAAGUGUCUCUCCAAAGACUGUUUGUACUCUCAAAGACCAUGGGGUUUUCUAACAAGUGCUUACAAUAGCCGUGUUUGUAUUCCUAAAACCAUAGCACUUUAUUUUUUAAGUCAAACCUAUAAAUUUAGUGAGGCUUUAAAACCAGUAAGACGCAUGCAGAUACUGAAAACCCAAAUCAACGAGUAUCUAGAGAAACAUUGUGACCUUCUGUUAGUGACUUGAAGGCUGUGUCAAUGUGACUUUUGUUUGUUUUGUCUCCUUUUUGGUAGCUGCUAUCGCGUAUCUCAUCUUGUCUGGUGUCUCAUUCACAGUGGGGUCUGUCGAUCAUCAUGUCCUGGGAUGCGUCCACCCUCUAGGCCCAGCAUAUUGCUGCUAGGGACCACUGUGAGGAGUUGUCUAGCUGAUUUGUUUACACAGAAAGCUUUGGGAGCCAUUCUUUUGAUGAGUGGAAUUUAUAUUUUUUUCGAGAUAAAAUCUCAGGGAAAUUAAAUCUGCUCUGUUAA